AUGGCAGGAAUAUCGGCGACAGAGGGUACGGAGGAAGAGACAAAAAAGCAGGGAAAACAAAGGAAAAAAGUGGGAGGAAAAGGCCUACGAGAGUCUACAGUAGUUGUCCAGAUUGCAUCAGAUGAGCACUGUUCAGGAGCAGCGUGUUCAGUGCAAAGAAAGGCAGGGCAGGACGCAGCGCGUUCACGGGCAGCAAUAUAUGGAUACCCGGCGUUUUUGAUGGGGCCACCGGCUCAUUAUCAGCCAACAUAUCCUCCAGCAGCAGGGAAAUAUGGGGGAGAAGGGGUUUACAGGGAGAGAUUUCAAGGAAUACAAAGAAUACAGGGAAUACAACAGGAAGAAUGGCGGAGACGGCAAGUGGGGAAGGGGGAAGAGGAGCAGAAAGAGGCAGAAAGGAGGGGAAAGGAGGUCUAUGUGCGGGUGAUUAAGGAUCCGUAUCCGACAGAGGGGAUUAAGUUUGACGACGAAGACGGACACUAUAUUGCAGAGCCGAACACGGAUCUGACGUCACGGUACAAGAUUGUGAGAGUUCUUGGGCAGGGAACGUUUGGAAAGGUGGUUCGGUGUUAUGACAGGCUGAAGAAGGAAUACUGUGCGAUCAAGGUGAUUAGAGCGGUUCAAAAGUACCGGGAAGCGAGUAUGAUUGAGCUGCGGGUGCUGCAGACUUUGAGUGAGCGAGAUCCGGAGAAUCGCAACAAAUGUAUCCAUAUGAAGGAUUGUUUUGACUAUAGAAACCAUAUUUGUAUAGUAACGGGUCUUUUGGGGAUGUCGGUGUUUGAUUUUUUGAAAGGAAAUGGGUUUGUUCCAUUUCCAGGAUCGCAUAUUCAGCAUUUUGCAUAUCAGCUUUUUACAAGUGUAGCAUGUAAUUUGGUGCAUACGGAUCUUAAGCCAGAAAAUAUUCUUUUGGUUGAUGCAGCAUUUCAUACGGUUCCUUAUACUAAAAGAGCAGGGCAGAGAGUAAAGCGGUUGUUGAAUAAUACAGAGAUAAGACUUAUAGAUUUUGGGAGUGCGACUUUUGAGGAUGAAUAUCAUUCGAGUGUAGUAAGUACUAGACAUUAUAGAGCACCCGAGAUUAUUUUAGGUAAAUAUAGUUUGGAUUGUGUGCUAGUUUCUAACGCCAAAGGGAUGGGAUGGUCUUAUCCUUGCGAUAUAUGGUCUAUAGGAUGUAUUCUUAUUGAGUUUUUUACGGGAGAAGCACUUUUUCAAACACACGAUAAUUUAGAACAUCUUUAUAUGAUGGAAAUCAUUUGUGGAAAGUUAGAACCGAGACUGAUAAGACAAUCUUCGAAAACUGCUCAAAAAUAUUUCCGUCAUAGUGGAAAAUUAGAUUAUCCAAAUAAAGAUACGUCUCCUUCAAGUCGAAAGUUCGUCAAAACAAUGCGGCCACUAGCUGAAAUUGUUCCUUCUACUUCAGCUUUAAAUAUUCAUUUUUUGGACUUGCUUAUGAAAAUAUUUAUAUAUGAUCCUAGUAAAAGAAUAACUGCUAGAGAGGCUCUUUCUCAUCCAUAUUUCUUUUCUCCAAUUACACAUAUAGAUACUAUAUAA